AUGACGAGAGUAACCCGCUUACGGCGAAGGGAACCGCACGGCGAUGUCCACUCCGAAGACGAAGAAGACACAACGAUCGCUCAGGGACUUCUUGUUCUGAGCGACAUAUCACAGUCAUCCGACGAGGACGACGCAGACUCGGAAUUAACCCAAAGUGAGGGUGAAGAAGAAACGUCCGAACGUAUCUCUGAGCAUUCACCAGAGAAAUCUGGCCAUGAGUCACCAAAAGACGUUGGGGAAGAGACCCACGCUGAAGUUAACAUUGACGGAUGUUAUCUUUUGCAUAUAGAAGAGGCAGGAACCGAAGACAUUCAUUCAGAAAAAGACGUACAGAAAGAAAUGGAAAUAACAGAUAACGAUCUAUCAAGGACUCCUACAGCGUGGGAAAAAAAAGUUCAGGCAAGACAGGAGUACCGUAAGAAACUGGCGGAGGAUCCGGCGUUUGUACCUCAUCUUGGGGAAUUCUGGGGCCAUGAUGACCGCUUCAUGGACGAUGGUCUAAAGAAUGACUCUUUUCGUCGUCGUAGCCAGCUUCCAUUUGCAUCAAAAGGCAAAGGCGGCUGGAAUUAUGUCGACGGCCCAUCUCCGGCUGAAAAAUGGGGUCAUGAUGGGUUUGAAGAACUGAUGAGAAUGGAAGCCGAAGAAGUAAAGAAGUAUCCACCGAUAAACAGAGGUCGUAAUCAGUUUCCUCGUCCUCCACCACAUGGACCAUUUGGUAACAGAAGAUCGCUUCCACCGCAGUUCGAGUCAACGCGCCAUUUUUCACAUAAAUCCCAGGAAUUUCGUCGUCAACCUCCACGUCCGUCCGAUAGUGUAUGCUCGAAUCACAUGCAACCAACACCAAAAUCCGUUGAAUCAACUUUCAAUGGUCGAUCUCCUGGCAUGCACAAUCAUAAUCGAGGUCAACCAAGAAGUUUUGCCAACAAUAAUAGGCCAAAAUUUGUGAGCGAACCUCGCAUACAUCCUCAGCCGCCUAAUAACUAUAAUGCAAGGCGAAAUCCGGCCAAUGUCAACCAAAAAUUCAAGAAACAUCAGGACUAUGUGAGACGUCCCAUCAAUUUUGAUCGUCAAAAACUCCAAAAUAAUGGGGACUUAAACUCUGACGUUAAACGAGUUCCUGUUGGAAGGGAAGACACAGUAGUUAUUGGGAAAGCAGAGAUUGAGGAUAAAGCUGCAGACGAGAAAGACAAUAAUAGUAUUGAUAAUCAAGACGAGAAAGACUUUUACCGAACAGAAAAGGCUAAUGACGACUCGAAGGCCUCUAAACCUGAGCCAUCUGUUAACACUGAAACAACGAAAGAUGUGGAACCUGUGACGACUGAUAGGACUACAGUACAGCCUCCUUCGGAGAAUGAUACUGUCGAGGACAAUGAAGAGGACGAUUUACUACAGUCUCAAGAAUCCUCUGACAUUGAGAUAAUACUAGAACUUCCAAAAUCACCAAAUAAUGCUCUUCAAGACCGUAUAAAUGACUAUGUCCAACGUCUUCAAGAUUCCACUCAUGGAUCGCAAGCGCCGUCAUCAGAUUUAUCAGAUAAGGACGCUGAAUGCGAGGGUAACUCUCAUAAAACACCAACAGUACGUGUAACAUUGCCAGUGACCGGGGAACUUGUUGAAGUGCCAAUUGCCAAGCAUGAGGAUACGCAAGCUAAAAUAGAAACCAAAGGGUCUAUUCCAGCGUCCGCAAUAUUUGCCAAACCAUUCCAACCUCGCUCCUUGGCCACCCAAUCGGAGCCACUUGCAGAGUCCGAAUAUUCGGCUGACACCGAGAAUACCACAGAAGUUUACGACUCUAAUGAUGGUAAUGAUAGCUACACACCCGAUCAUCCUAAUUAUCAAGGGCCUUCUUAUGAGCAUCAUCCAAUUACAUACCCACAAGAUGGGACAGUGCCAAUGCCGUAUUAUACAGACCCAAACGGCACGGUAUAUUACUAUGAUCCCAACGUCUAUUAUUAUUUCCCAUCGUACCCUCCACCAUAUGCGCCUGGGACAAGCAAUCCCUCCACAAACCAAUAUGUGCAAACGGGUUAUGCGAAUGGCCAUUAUGAUGGAAAUGGUUACAUGUAA